AUGGCCUCCCUUGCACACAUCACCGAGGCCCUCUCGGCCCUCACACCAGCCCAAUGGUGCCAGGUGUUCUUCGGGGUCUCCUCAGCAACCGUCCUGGCCAUACAGGCAAUCCCCAAGGCUGCCCAGCACCUGCUCCUCGACUACGGCGCUCGCUCGCCGGCCAGUACCGAUGACCAGUCAAAGGAGGCAGCUGGACCCCAGGGAUCGAACGUUUUCAACGAUAUCGUCAAAGCGGUGACCUCAGUCGGCCAGAUUCCGCACUCGUGGUUCAUUCACUUCUAUGUCGCGUCCGUUGCGGGCUCGGCUUUCUGGGCAUGGCAGUACCUCCAGGGCGGUUCGGCCAUUACAUCCAUCGCGGCGCAACAGGCGGCUUCUGGAGCUCCGUCCAUGAGCUUCGAGCAGACGGUGCUCGUCUGGGCGCUCAUGGCGCUGCAAGGUGGGAGAAGACUCUAUGAAUGCUUGUUUGUGAUGAAGCCGGGAUCUUCCAAGAUGUGGUUCAUCCAUUGGCUGCUCGGACUGGGCUUUUACCUCUGUAUGAGCGUAUCCGUCUGGAUCGACGGUUCAGGCGAGUCUCUUUCCCUGCGAGAAUCGACCAAGCCAGAUUUGGGGAGCCUACUGUCGCCUACCGCCAUCUUGGGAACCGCUACGUACUUGUACGGCUGGACCAAUCAGCACCUAUGCCACAAGCACCUGGCCAGCCUCAAGAAGUAUUCAUUGCCAAACCAAGGCCUUUUUCGAUAUCUCGUCUGCCCCCACUACACGUGCGAAUGCCUCAUCUAUCUGGGGCUUGCCAUCACGGCCGCACCAGAGGGCCAGCUGAUUAGCCGCACUCUCCUGUGCGCCUUCUGGUUCAUUGUUGCCAAUCUCGGCACAACAGCCGAUGGAACGAAGCAAUGGUAUGCGCAAAAGUUUGGCGCUGAGAAGGUGGCCGACAAAUGGAGAAUGAUUCCGUUCGUCUUCUAG